AUGUCUUCUGUCUUCCCUCCAGAGCCCCACCCGCCCGCGAUGGCACCUGGGGCGACUGCCGUUCGCGUCGAACCACUGUCCCAUCUCUCGAUGAGUCGGGAGCGACAGCGAAAAGCCCGUGAAGCCUUAGCCCAGUUCCAGGCAGAGCCGAUCGCCGGCAGGGCAUCAGUCACUCACGUCACAAGGAAGCAAAGGCAGAGCUCGUAUCAAAAGUGGCAAAACUUUUUCCGCAAUGUGCUAGGCUUGAACCCGGAUGACAUCUGGCUUCGGCUCUGUGACGGAAAUCCCGAAUCAAUAGGAUACUGCCAGGCCUUUCUUCACGAUUAUGUCGUCAACUCAUUGGAGAAACGGGUCAGUCUGGGACCGGAAGAGUACGAGCUUGCGAGAACUGUGACUUGCACCAAGACGAUAUUGGAAGUUUGGAAGGGCUUGGUAAGGCAUGCCGACGAUCACGUUCUACAGGCAAAAAGGAGAAGUGAUCCAAAGAAGUCGGCGCACUGGACGCUGUCGGUGUCAGAGCGUUGCACAGGACCAGUGUCCAAAAUCAGUCUGACGAUAUACCCUGCACCGCAUCUGAACGCGUUGCCUUCCACUUUGGUUCUGAUGAUGGCCAUCGGAGGCUUUCGUCAGGGGACAUUGACGCGCUUUCUACUUUCAUUUAGCGUGACAUCCAUGCCUUGUCUUCUUACCGACCUCUCAAGCUUGAUCAUCAGCAAGGCUCUCAAGGAUAAAGCAUUUAGCGGAAAGUAUGGCUCGGCUCUCGAGAUGCUGUCGGUACCAAAUCUGCAAGGACAACAUCUUAUCCCACUGCCGUGGGACAAAUCCAUGCUGGAACGCCCCAUAUUCGAGAUAUCGCCCCAAAAGUACCAUCAAAUAUGGCAGCGUACUCUGCUCGUGCUAGGCUGCCGAAGAAUGGAUCGCCCCUACUCCUUGCGCGUAGGCGCGGCUGGACGAGUGGAUGACCCGCAUCCAGAGGAUUACGCAAAGUGGAAUCAGCGGAGGGAUAUACAAGAGCUCGACAAGCAACUUGCCGAGAUCCCACGUACAACGGCAGCUGACAAAGAGAACGCACAGAGGAUUGCAUCUCGGCGUGGCCAUAUUGUGGCGACACUGUCGAAACUCCAAGUUAUGCAACGUCGUGAGGAAUACUUUCUUGAGGCCGACAGGUUAAGAGGCCAGGGACGUUCAAUAGAGCACCUCGUCAGCAGAACGAUGCGUCCCAAAGCCGGACGCUAUACUGUCAGUUCAGCAGCCGCGACGAUUAUCAGCCGCUACAUGGUACGAUGUUCGGGAAUCGACAUGCUGGCCACGACAAAAUACAUUGACCUCCUUGUCGCUUUCCUCUCUAACAGAUUCUCGGAGGUCGAGCACCUCGAAAGCACUGCGACUACAAUACUCACGAGUCAUGGCAUCGAUAAAGAGGCAGACAAGCAGCUUUUCUUGCAGCCGCCGACGAUUGAGCCGCCAUUGCCAGUGGAGAAAGGACACAUAGGAGUCAACAUGGCUACUGAAUAUCGGUGUCUGUUCGGUUGUAAACCACUGAGCAGCAGAUAUGCUCUGAACAGACACGUGGCAAGCAUUCAUAGAGACACAUUUUCAACACCGUUCCACUGCCCCGAAUGCUUGUCGCAAGAUAAGAAAGAAAUCAUCAUCAAUGGGCUGUCCGAAUGGAUCAUCCAUGCUACGAGAUACCACGGGAAACGCAACGCACCAUAUCGCCCUCAGAAAUCGUCGCCGGCCAGCUCAGGGCGAUCUCGCCGCAUCAGAUCACCCCGAAAGGCGGAAUGCAAGCUUUGCCAGGGACAGUUCGCUGCCGGCAAUGGGUUUUCAAGGCAUAUGAACUCGGCGCACCUGCAUCAAGGCCUCUUCGAUGAGCCUUUUCCCUGCCCGGAAUGCAAAAACGCGGGGGUAGAAGUUUGGAUCGAAGGGAUUGAGUGCUGGCGCGAACACACUUGGGAAGUGCAUGGUUACAAGGGCCAGACAGGGAACAGGAAGUCUGAUGAAGAGCCUGAGGCAGCUGGGCUGGGCGGGAUGGGUAUGGGGAAGAAGAGCAUACGGGUGUAG